AUGUCUUCGAAGCUGGACACCCUGACUAAGAAAUUUGAAGCCAUGGGUAGCAACACAGCUAAUGCAAUAGUCUGUGCUUGCGACAUCUACGGAAGUGCGGACCACGCUCAAGAUACUUGCCCCCUUGGGCCAAUGCAGAGGCAAAACAAUCCGUACUCCAACACAUACAACCCUGGAUGGAGGAACCACCCCAACUUUUCAUACUGGAAUAAUCAGGACCAGGGGCCUGCACAUCAGACCUACCAACCUGAACAGCAGACUCAUCAACAACAGCAACCUAUGCAGCUGUCUAAGAUUGAAAAGAUGCUUGAGGAAGCUCUCUCGGAGCAAAAGGAAAUGAGGAGCGAGAUCAAACAACUAACUCAGAGGCUGGAGAACUCAGAAAAACACCAGAAGAUGCAGGAUAGCCAGAUAGCCCAGAUAGCUCAGCCUGUCUUGAGAGCACAGGGUACAUUCCCAGGGAAACCAGAUUUAAAUCCGGUGGAACAUUGCAAUCGCAUUGAGCUACGGAGCGGGCGUACUGUGGGAAACCCCCAAAUCAUGACUCAGAUGGAGCUUGACUCAGAAAAGAAACUCACUCCCCUAAUGCCCAAUCAGACGCAAAACAGGGAUGGAGAAGUGGUUACUAAAAAAACUAAAGAAGCUCCUCAGACUACCCCACAAAAUCGCACAAUUCCUUUUCCUCAGAAGCUUAUAGCAUCCCAAAGGGAUGAAGAGUUCCACCGGUUUCUGAAAAAGGUCAAAGAGAUUUGCGUUGAAGUACCAUUGUUAGAUGCGCUGCACCAGAUGCCGAAGUUCAUGAAAUUUUUAAAGGGAAUCCUAUCCAAUAGAUGGCAGAAGGGCGACUUCGAGACUGUAGCACUGACAGAAAAUUGCAGCGCCCUCCUUAUGGCGAAUCCUCCACCCAAGCUUCAGGACCCAGGAAGUUUCUCCAUACCGUGCAAAAUUAGUUCUGAACUUAUACCAAGAGCUUUCUGUGACUUGGGAGUCAGUGUCAGCCUGCUCUCGUACUCUCUAUGCAAGAAACUGGGUUUCCAGAACAUUAAAUUGACCAUGAUGGCACUGCAGCUAGCUGACAAUUCAUGCAGGUACCCGAUAGGAAUAGUGGAGGAUGUGCCAGUUGAAGUAGGUGGAUGCAUAGUUCCUACAGACUUCAUUAUCUUGGACAUGGAGGAAGAUCCCAAGAUACCAAUCAUCCUUGGAAGACCAUUCCUUGCCACGGCUGGGGCCACCAUCGAUGGAAAUUCUCACGAAAUCAUCACAUACGAAGAAGGGAAGCAUGGUUUCUAUGAGAGUUCCCCUCCAGCAAGCAGAUGUGCGUUAUCUCCACAAGCUGGCCGUGAACGUUUCAUGGGCAUGGAGGCAUCAGAGGAAGCCAAAACAACAGAGGACGAGUCAUCCCGCGCUUAA